AGACUGGGCAGCAGCAUGCAGUGUGAGGAGGGGACGGAGUGGCUGCUGGAGCUGCUGAUGGAGGUGCAGCUGCAGCAGUACCUCCUCCGGAUCCGGGACGACCUCAACGUCACGCGGCUGUCGCACUUCGACUACGUCAAGAACGAGGACCUGGAGAAGAUCGGCAUGGGCCGGCCAGGGCAGAGACGGCUGUGGGAGGCGGUGAAAAGGAGGAAAGCCAUGUGCAAGCGCAAGUCCUGGAUGAGCAAGGUGUUUAGCGGGAAGCGCCCGGAUGGAGGAGAAUUCCCUCAGCAGGGCCAGCCCGCCUCCUCCUUCCGGAAGCUGUCUCCCACGCCCCCCCUCUGCCUGGAGGAGGGCGUCCUGGCCACGCAGCCCGGCGGGGGCUGCGUCCUGCUGGACGGCCAGCCGCAGACCCUGACCUGCCUCAUCCCGGAGAAGGACCUGGUGCUGUUCGAGAAGCUCGGGGACGGCUCCUUCGGCGUGGUGAAGAGGGGGGAGUGGCUGACGCCCGCAGGGAAGGUGCUGAACGUAGCCGUGAAGUGCCUGAAGACGGACGUGCUCAGCCAGCCCGACGCCCUGGAGGAUUUCGUCUGCGAGGUCAACGCCAUGCACUCCCUGGACCACCAGAACCUCAUCCGCCUCUACGGCGUGGUGCUCACACACCCCAUGAAAAUGGUAGUGGUGACGGAGUUGGCCCCUCUGGGAUCCCUGCUGGAACGCCUGCGCUGUGUCCGCCCUCAGGGCCCGGUGCUGAUCCACACGCUCUGCCAGUAUGCCGUGCAGGUGGCCUGCGGCAUGGCUUAUCUGGAGCAGAGGAGGUUUAUCCACAGGGACCUGGCAGCCAGGAACAUCCUGCUGGCCUCGGCUAACAGAGUGAAGAUCGGUGACUUUGGUCUGAUGAGGGCGCUGCCCAACAACCACGAGCACUACGUCAUGCAGGAGCACCGCAAGGUCCCCUUUGCAUGGUGUGCCCCAGAGAGCCUGAAGACGAGGACGUUCUCCCACGCCACCGACACCUGGAUGUUUGGAGUCACCCUCUGGGAGAUGUUCACACAUGGACAGGAGCCUUGGCUGGGGCUAAACGGGAGUCAGAUUCUCCACAAGAUCGACAAGGAAGGUGAACGCCUCCCCAAGCCGGAGGACUGCCCACAGGACAUCUACAACGUCAUGAUGCAGUGCUGGGCUCAGAAACCAGACGACAGGCCCACGUUUGUGGCCCUCCGGGAGUUCCUGCUCGAGACUCUGCCCACAGACAUGUGUGCCCUGCAGGACUUCGACGAGCUGGACAAGCUUCACAUCCAAGUCAACGACGUCAUCACCAUCAUCGAGGGCAGGGCCGAGAACUACUGGUGGCGAGGCCAGAACAAGCGCACCCUCAAGGUGGGGCAGUUCCCCCGGAACGUGGUGACGUCGGUGGCCGGCCUGUCGGCGCAGGACAUCAGCCGGCCUCUGAAGAACAGCUUCAUCCACACGGGCCACGGAGACACCAACCCUCACCGCUGCUGGGGCUUCCCCGACAGGAUCGACGACCUGUACCUCGGGAAUCCCAUGGACCCCCCAGACGUUCUGGGUUUGGACCUCUCUGCCGCCCGGCCCACGCAACUACCAGGACGAGCUAAAAAGGAACCUCCUCCCCGCCCUCCUCAGCCAGCAGUGUUAAUCAAGAAGCCCUCCUACGAUCCGGUGAACAAGGAGGAGGAUCCCACAUCCGCGGCGCUCAAGAGGCUGUCGCUCAGGAAGACGGGUUCGCUCAAAGGCCUCAAGCUGAAGCCCGCCGCCUGGGUGUCGGCCUCCAAACAGGGGGGCGGCAGGGCCUCGGUGUCGGGCCACCGCCGGGAAGUGUCCCUCAUCGACUUUGGGGAGGAGCUCCCCCCGUCCACGCCGUCCCCCUCCCCGGUGUUCGAAGUCCAGGUUCCAUCGCUGGCCAAGCUGGCGCUGGAGGCGGAGAACAUCCUGGACAGAACGCCGCCGCAAAGCCCCUGCCGGUCGCUGCCCCGCCCCCUCCACCCCACGCCCGUCGUGGACUGGGACGCACGCCCGCUGCCCCCACCCCCCACCUACGACGACGUCGCCCAAGAUGAAGAUGACAUGGAGGUGUGUUCCAUCAACAGCUCGGAGCAGCAGCUGGAAGAGGAGCAACCGGCUGACGAAGCUCUGGCCACACAGAAGAUGGAGGGCGAGGCUUUGGCCCCCAGAGGUCCCGACCGGACGGGCCUGGAGGACAACCUCUUCCUCCCCAGCAGGCAGAGUCAGGGCGUGUCCGCCUCCUUCUCCCAGUCCGCCGAGAUCUUCCAGGAGCUCCAGAAAGAGUGCAUGAGGAGGCUCAACGUCCCAGCGGGAAGCGCCGCUCCGUCGCGCCUCUCACCCCAAAGCCCGGCACAGGAGGGACAGCAGCAGAGCCCCCCCCCCUCCUCCAGCGAGGACAGGCCUCAGAUCCCCCCACGCGUCCCCAUCCCGCCUCGCCCCAUAAAGAGGGGGGACUACACGUCCGCUCGCUGGUCAAGGGACCUGUCCCUUUCUCCCAUGCCAGCCGGCAGCACGGAGGAGGUUUCAGGCCCGGGCCUGGACCGACCCCCCCAGAUCCCCCCCAGAGAGCCUCUGUCGCAGCCAGGCUCCAGGACUCCCAGCCCCAUGGGGCUGACCGUGGGCUCCCCCCAGCCGAGGCUCUAUUCUGCCAGCCCCUCGGCCCAGCUGGCCUCGCUCCCGGCCUGCCCCUCAGCACACACCCACAGCUCCUACCUCUCCACCUCUCCGGGUAAACUCAUGCCCACCACGCACAGCUUUGCCUCCGAUCCCAAAUAUGCCGCCCCCAUCCAAGCGCAGGGCAAGGAGGCGGCCGCCAAAGGCCCCUGCAUCCUGCCCAUAGUCCGCGACGGGCGGAAAGUGAGCAACACCCACUAUUACCUCCUGCCGGAGAGGCCGCCCUACCUCGACCGCUUUGACCGCUUCUUGAAGGAGGCCGGGAGCCUCCCCGCCGCCGGCGAGGACCGGCCCUCGCGGCAGGCCAACACGGCCACCGUCAGGCCCAUGGUGGUCAACAGCCAGGGCGUCCAGGCGCACGGCCAGGGCCACUCGCUGCUCCAGACGGGCGAGCUGAAGGCCAACUUCUCCUCCAACAACAACAGCAGUCUGAGCGGGCCGCGGCCAGGCAUGAAGACCUCGCUCAGUCUCCCCCGCGUGUGUUUGGAUGGGUUGGUCGCAGCCGACGGAGGAGGGAACUCGCUCGACAGGGUGAAACUGUAUAAAAGCACGUGGCCAUCAGCACAGAUGAGAGAGCGAGGCUUUGUGCACUGUGAUCGGCCACAGAAGGAACAUUUUAAAUUUGAAUUGUGCGACUGUAAUUCGGGCUUUUGA